AAUCGGCAGUCUUGCGCUUACCCCAAGGAUUUGCUAACUGUCUAUCCGGAAGGCUCGACCCGAGCGCAGAGUUCAGUUGGUGUUGAGAUUCGUGACGGGGCAGUGAUGAUCCGUGUCGUCAAUUCCGACAAUGAGUCGUGAAGUCUUCUGUGCGCAAGUGCAAGGUUUGGGGAGAUGGUCGUGUAUCCCUCGCAGCACUGCUUUGACACAGGCCAACCUGCAAGGAUCCCGCAAGUCUAAUCCGCCUCUCGCUCUCUGGUCGUUUGCGGACCGUGUUUAUAAGGCAGCUUGGGCACAGUAACCGCUCGAUGGCUCUGCUACGCUUCGCUCAAAGUCGCACAGACCGCACUUGGUCGACUUGGCAAACGGCAGAACAUUCAGCACGAUCGUAAUUGAAAUCGAAGGG